GUCACACUAGUUGACGGAAGUGUAACCACCCACCACAAAGAUGGAGGACGACAUCUCAGAUUUGAGCAGACCACAGAUGUAUUUGUUUGGUUGUACCCUGAAGUCGGACAAACGGGAGUUCAAAGUUGACGUAGACGACGAUGAUACGGAGCACCAGCUGUCACUCAAAGCAGUGUGUCUGGGGGCCGAUGCUGAGGAUAAGUUCCACAUGGUGGAAGUUGAGGGCCUCACUUACGAUGGAAAAAGGACCAAAGUGCCACUGGUCGUCCUGAAACCGUCUGUCCUGCCCUCUAUGAGUUUAGGUGGAUUUGAGAUCACUCCUCCUGUUACCUUCCGUCUCCAGUCUGGCUCUGGACCAGUUCACAUCAGCGGGCAGCAUUUUGUUAGUGUGAAGGAUUCUGAGGAUGAAGAAGAGGAGAACAACACAUCACCAGUGAAGCGGCCUGCAAGCCUGAUGUCGGGGAAGAAGCCUCCACUGAAAAAACUAAAGAUGGAUUCUGAUGACGAUGAAGACGACAGCGAUGAGGAUGAUGACGAUGAUGAUGAAGAUGACGACAGCGAUGAAAAUGAUGUCAAACCUCAGAAGAAUGUUGGAAAAGGCCUAGAGUCUUCAGCAAAGAAGCCCAACAAGACUCCGGUGAAACAAAACGGCCCUGCAGGAAAACCAUCAGGAUCAGCAGUCAAACCACAGAUUAAGACACCUGGCCCAGGAAAAGACAAACCCCAGGCUGGCUCGUCUAAGUCUCCCUCUCUGACUGAGAUUAAGAACAAGUUGUCAACGGCAGCCAGGGAGGGAAAACCACUGCCGAAGACGGAGCAGAAGUUUGAGAAUUUCGUGAAGAGUUCUUUUAAAAUCUCGGACAAAAAAGUGGUCAAGGACCUUUGGAGUUUUGUACAAACACUGAAGAUCGAGAAGAAGUAACAAACCUUUGAAGCAUUUCUAUGUUUUGCAUCCUGAAAGACAUUUAAAGGCACAGUCAGCGAGAUUUCCUACUUGGCCUUACUGUGUCAUCGUUGGUAACUCUGACUUGGAGUGACCAGAAGGACUGAGUGCUGAAAAUGGGUAAAGCUAUUAAUGAUUCAGAUGUCAUUGUAAUUUAAAUUUGAAGCACCUCCUGGAGCUAAUUCAUAAUUCACUCUCAAACUCACUCAUUCACGUGUAGCAGACUGCAUAUUUUUCUUAAUGGGGGGAGGAGGGGGCUGUGUACUUCAUCACAUGCCAAUCUGCACCGUCUAUAGGGAAGGAAAGUAAUGGCACCCCCAAUUAGGACCUGCAGAUGUAUAUUGUUGUGUUAACACUGCAUGGUACAGCUUGGCUUUACUCCACUGAGUUGUGGAUAGUACCUGCUACUUACCUAAGCCAAUUCUGAACAGAUGAGUGAAGAAUUGGCUUAGAGGUAAUUAUCACCAAACCUGACCACAGACUUUUGUUUGAAUUCAACACAUAAGAGCUCAUAGAUGUAAAUCAUAAAUCAACAAACAGCGGCUAUAAAAGUGACAGCAACUGCAGGUGGUGUAACUGUAAAAUUACAGAAGCUAUUCCUUUCCUUUCCUGUAGAAGGUGAGAUCAGCGUGCAUACAUCUCACUUUCUUCACUUACAGUAGCCACAUGUUACAUUGGAGCUGCAGGUGUGAUACUGCUCUGCAAUUUGAUGAUGUUGGCUGAGCUGGUUUCAUAUGCUUCGUAUCCAUGACACUGUGUGUCCUUGUUAAGUCAGCAGUGCAAUAGGAGAUAUUGCAGAAUGUGCCUUUAAAUAUCUCAACUGUAAACUGAGAUCAAUCAGAGUCCCAAUUUGUGUGAAUUUGAACAAGGUUGAUUAAGAGCUGAUACGGGGCGGGGGGACAGUGACAGUAUAUUUUUCCUGCAAGGUUUUGUUAUUUUAGGUUCUGUCUGGCUUUAUGAAGCAUUAUCAGCUUGUGAAACAUGCUUACAGAUUGUAUUAUGAAUUUGUCUGCUCUAUACACAUUGUACAGAAAAAUGUCAGCGUAUGUUGAGAUACCAGUUUUUUUUAAUUGGGUCACUCAGUUUGGUCAUAGUAACUCCUGCAGCAGAACAUGCAGCAGUAACUGUACUUUUUUAAUACACCAAGGGUUACUUUUUAUUUCCUGCAGUGAUGAAGCAAAAAAAUUCUGUUCAUAAACCAUUUCUUGUAUAAAACAGGAGUGCAGCUUUGAAACAGUAAAAAACACAUAUCUACAUGGAUGUGUGCAGUUUUAAACUUGCUACUGUUACAUAUCUCUGUUGAGUAAACAAGAAAUGUCUCAUCCUGUGUUGUUACCAUGAACACACCUGACAUUUCUGGACAAGAGCAGUGUCAUUCUUAAUUUUGUUGUUGCUGUCUUGGAGUGUGAAUUCAUAUCAAGCUAUUAACAUCUGUUAUUAUUCGAGGGGUUUUCAUUAUACUGAUUACAGCCAAAGUCAUCUAUAGAAAAAGAGCAAUACACAAAACAUUGUCAAGAGUAUUAUGAGCUCUAUAAAACCAGCAACAGAUGCCCCGGCUAAAAUGUUUUUCUUUAAGUAAUAUACAUCACAUACAGAAAAUUAAAAACAAAAAAACAAAGUAAAAAGAUUGUCUAGGUCCAGGAGUAUAUUUACAUGGCACUAACAGUUUUCAGUGUCUUUCAAUGCACUCUAAAACAGAUUACAAACCUAUGAUUAACAUGGAUUAUCUUAUUUAUUACAACAUAAUCAUAAGGUAUAUAUCAGAAAAUUACAUCAGAGUAACAUGGCAUCAUUUACAGAAACCCCAUAAAGAACUCGACCCCAUAAUUGUUUGCACUCUUGUAUAUCAGUGUUCUGGUGACAAUAAGCAUAUACCCGCUCUGUGCUUAUGUGUUUAUGAUCCUGUAUAAUGCCUUUUAUGAGCCAAAUGUUGGCAGUUGGAUACCAUCUUUAACCAAUCAAAUUGCUUGGUCCAACCUGUAAACUGUACUACUUCAACUAACUACGGUCCUGAUAAUUUGACCUAAAUAUUAGAUUUGAAAUAUCUGUAAGUCUUUGUGACUUGACUUAAUGAUGGAGUCCUUCAUCCAUUUCCCAUUUCCCUCAUAUCAACCUUUUUUUCUGUAAUUAAACCUCUUGCUUUUAUUUACAAGUACGGCAGCUGAACAAUUGUAGUUUUAAGUGUACGCUUAAUCCGCCCUUUGCUAAUAGCUGGUUUUUCAGCUUGCAUCUGUUGUCAUGAUCUUUAUUUGAAAUGUUGUGUUCUAGUUUGGUAUAGUUGUUUGGUGUUUUUAUGUUGAGUAUGAUUCCCCUUUUUAAAUGUUAAAAUGCCGCCCUGCUUUUGUUACCAUGUCAUUUUAGUUUUGUCAUCUUUUGAUUCUGUAUGGAGUCAUACAGUACCUAAAUAUGUCCAACUGAAAAAAAAGGAGAUUUUUGUCAUAAUUGUAUUUUUUUUUGUAAUAACUGAAAUGUUGUUGAAACCUGAAUUCAAUUUGCAGCAAAUACUGCUCCGUAUAGAGCUCCUGCAUGGUAAAAUAUUGAGUUUAGAAUGGCAUUAAGCAUCAAGGUUUUCUGGAUUUUUAGUAGUAGCAAUCUACCAUUGCAUCAGACUGAAGUAGUUCUGAUGUAUGAUUGAUACUGCAUAUAAUAUUGCCUUGCGUCCAACCUGAAAUACCUACUGUGAAACAACAGUAUGUGGUGAGGGGCAUCUUAUCAUAUUUGCUGCAUAUGUCAAUGAGAAUUAAAUUGUAACACACUGUAAUAUUGUCAAAUCUGAAUAGAUAUGAGUAGAUGACGGCUGAGCUGACUCAACAUGUGCUGAAAGAAAAUGCAUUUUGUCUAUUUAGUCAAACUUUAUUGAUUAGUUCAUGCAUGAUUGGUGAUGGUGGAUUCAUUCAUAGUUUGUUGAGAUGAACAUAUCCAUCCUUUUUUUUUAUUAUUUCCUACCUGUAAUAUUUACCUGAAUAAAGUGAAUCCCAGCUGG